CGUCGCGUACGGCUCUCUUGAUGGCUUCAACCGCCCCAGUCCUUGCGCCAGGGCAGUCGCCGCCGCUGACGGUGAUAUCGCCCACCAACCAAGGCGGGGUAAUCUUGAUUAUCACUGCCUUGGGCAUGGUGUUUGCUCUCGUAUCUAUUCUAAUUCGAUUGUAUAUCCGGCUCCAAAUUCGCCAUGCUUAUGAGCGCGACGACACCGCCAUUGCGGCUGCUAUGGUAUUUUCGAUAAUACAAUCAAGUCUUGUUUUUGUGGAAGUUUCCAAAGGUUAUGGCAAAACCAUAGGAAAUAUCUCGGCGAGCGGCAUCAUAGAGUUACAGAAGGCGUCAUACGCAAGCGAUCUUCUUUAUAUUAUCACCCUCUGGUUCACAAAAUUCUCUGUGGCUCUUUUGUUAUUUAGACUUUCAUCAGACAAGCGCCAUAAUUGGAUGUCGAGAGCGAUCUUGCUCGCCGCUGCCAUACUUGGUGCCAUAUCUAUAUUCAUCGUUGCCCUCCGCUGUGAUGUUUCGCGCCCCUGGGUUUUCAUCAACGAGCAUUGCUCUGACUUGUUGGUCCGCUGGCAAGUGGUGCUUGCGUUUGACAUCAUUACGGAAUUAUCCCUCGUAGGAAACUCUAUUUAUUUGGUUCAAGAUCUCCAAGUGCCGCUCGGAAAGAAGAUUGUCGUCGUCCUCGCUUUUGCGCUGCGACUCCCAAUACUUGCCCCCGCAGCACUCAGGCUAUACUAUCUCAACAUCGAAUUCUCCUCGUCCGACCCAACUCUUACUGGCGUCCUCGCAUCAGUCUGCGCCCAGAUCGAAACAAGCUAUGCCAUCAUCUCUGCCACGAUCCCUUGUCUGCGGCCAUUCAUGUCAUCUCUCAACACACACUAUGGCGCGCCUGCAAAGCCGAAGUCCUCGACCGGGACAGGCUCAGGAGGUAGCAACCCACGCACACCGCUGGAAUCGUUGACAAAAGCUGGACGAUCUCUCGGAACAAAAAAGGGAGAGGCGCGUGGAGAGAUGUGGGAUAAGCCGGGGAACCUCACAUGCGUUACGCGGGGAGAGAAGAAUAGUAUUGACAGUCAUGAUAGUAAGCAGAUGAUUAUUACGAAGGAUACGGAGUGGGUAGUGGAGUUUGAGAGACAGAGUGGGAUGCAGACCCCGCGGACGGCAGAUCGGCCUGUGUCCGAUGCCUGAAAUUAGGCAAUGUUGUGCUGUGUUGUUUAAUUUAUAAAAACCUACUAUUGAUUAGGGGUCGGCGUAUGGAAUGUAUUAGCGCAGCGUUAUUAUAAACAGAGAUUUAUAGAGGAAGAGGGCG